AUGGCGAACGACCAAGAGAUGAGUGGUUGGACUGAUCUUCUCCAUUCUUCGUCGAAGCUUCUGGAGCAAGCUGCUCCUUCUUCUCAGUUUCCUCCUCUUCAGAGAAAUUUAGAUCAGUUGGAAGCGUUAUCGAAGAAGCUAAAGGCUAAAACCCUAAGGAACGAAGCUCCUUCUCAGUCUAUUGCUGCCACUAGACUACUCGCACGGGAGGGAAUCAAUGCAGAGCAACUAGCUCGUGAUCUUAAAUCUUUUGAGCUCAAGACAACAUUUGAGGAUGUGUUUCCUGCUGAGGCGACGAGCGUUGAAGAAUACCUGCAACAGGUUCAUGAAAUGGCUAUGGUAUCAGCUAUACAGGAAGCCCAAAAGGAUAAUGUUCGAAGCUUUAAUGACUACAUGAUGAAAGUGCUGGAGGAGGAUUGGAGAAAAGAAAAACGCGACUUCCUUCAGAGCCUCAGCAGAAUAUCAAUGCUACCUAAAACGAAUUUCACUGAUACAAGCAGAGAGGCUCAUGCUGGUCAACUAGUGCCGGUGGCUUCAAGUCCUCGAGUGUCCUCAAUACCAGGCAAAGAACUUGUGGCUCUGGCUAACAUACCCAUUCAUGAGAAAAAGGCAUACAUCUAUGGAGAGGUUGUGAAGAAACUUAACACUUCAAAAGAACGAGGCUUGCCAUUUAGACCUGCUAUGUGUUUUAAGGACGCUUAUGAUACUCUUGGUGCUGAGGUAACUCGCGGAAAAUCAGUCAACAUGCAGAAAAUCUGGCAGCUUGUCCAGGCAAUAACAGGUGAAGAUUCAGCAACUAGACAAGGUGUUUCGAAGAGGAUGUCUCUCGCGAUAGGUGCAAGGCUUCAUUUACAACGUGGGCAUGAGAAAUUUAUAAUGGACACAAUUCAGAGUCACCCGUCACAAGCUGCUCUUGGUGGAUCUGUUGGAAAUUUGCAAAGAAUUCGUGCAUUCCUUCGGAUUCGUUUGAGAGACUAUGGUAUUUUAGAUUUCGAUUCAGCUGAUGCUCGUAGGCAGCCUCCUGUUGAUACUACUUGGCAACAGAUAUAUUUUUGCUUGCGAACUGGGUAUUAUGAGGAGGCUAGAGAAAUCGCUCGGUCAACUCGGUCAUCUCAGCAAUUUGCACCACUGCUUACAGAGUGGAUUACCACAGAUGGUAUGGUGGCUGCAGAGUCUGCAGCUAUAGCUUCAGAAGAAUGUGAGAAAAUGCUAAGAAUGGGUGACCGGUUGGGUCGAACUUCGUAUGACAAGAAGAAACUUUUACUCUACACCAUCAUUUCUGGCUCCCGUAGGCAAAUUGAGCGCAUACUGAGGGAUCUGUCUACACUAUUCAACACAAUUGAAGAUUUCUUAUGGUUCAAAUUAUCAUGCAUAAGGGACGUCACUGGUGGAUCUUCAUCUGUGCAUUCAGUUGCUACCAGCUAUCAUGCACUUAUCCAAAGAAGCAGGAGAUGGAGGGUAUAA